AAUGCACACUUAUGGAUGCCAACCGCCAUAAAACUCAACAGAAGAAGAAGAUGCCGAGCAGCAGCAGAAGCAGAAGCAGAAGAAGAAGUAGCAGAAGAAGAAGCAGAAGAAGAAGAAGAAGCAGAAGUGUUCAGAGGAGUCAGAAUGGCAGCAGACCAGGAGUCAAAACUGCAGCUGGUUCACAGACACGUCCGAGCUUUUCCAGACUUCCCGCAGAAAGGCAUCCUGUUCAGAGAUAUCUGUCCCAUCCUGAAGGAGCCGGCCGCUCUGACGGCAGUCGUCGACCUGUUUGAAGAACACGUGAGGAAGAAUCACCAGCAGGUCGAUCUGAUCGUAGGUUUAGAUGCUCGUGGCUUCCUGUUUGGGCCUCUGCUCGCCCAGCGGCUGGGUGUUGGCUUCGUCCUGGUCAGAAAGAAAGGCAAGCUGCCUGGAACCACUGUGUCUGUGGCUUAUGAUUUGGAGUAUGGGAAGGCAGAGGCAGAGAUCCAGGAGGAUGCGGUGGCUCCAGGACAGAGGGUUCUGCUCAUUGACGACCUUCUGGCUACUGGAGGAGAGAAUCCUGCUGACACUGUGGAUUUUCGUUGGCUGUCAGCAGACAACACAGCAUCAGUGGCGGAGCCGUGGGGUGACCAGUGGUGGCCAUGGCCACCAUAGGCUAAAGUCUGGCCACCCCACACAAAACCAUAUUUUCUUGUGCUGAAGCAUUUCCCUGCUGCCACAGCUCCACUGGAGACCCUUCUCAGCAGCGCACCCACCUGGUUGUCCUGCCCCCCCGCCUCCUCUGCGUUCAACUGACUCGCUGCUGUAGUCUGAGGGGAAAUCAAACACAUGCUGUUGUUGAGUCACUCCUGGCAGUGUAAUUACCAGAAAGACAUCUUAUUGAAUUUGACGUUUCUGGUUUCAUGAAUGGAUCUACAGUGAAAGACGGGUUCAAGCUUGCUGGACAAAAAAUAGCUAUUGGCUUUUCAGAUGGCUGGGAGCCCAGCGCUGAGCGAGCUCCGACCCCCUGCUGAGCCUCCUGUGUCUGUUUCUUCUGCCAACACCUCCCCGUGAUCAAUAAAACCCAUGCACCUCCUUGUGUCGGAGUAGUUUCUUUGCCCAGACAAUAGCAAUUGACACUAAUGUUGGUGACAGAUUGCAUUUCCUGUGGCUGCUUCACAAUAAAAGCCACCCGGUGUUUUGCCAGUGGAAUGCUUUUAAUGUGAAGGAAACGUUUAAUGGCGCAGUCAGACUGAAAUCCGUCUGGUGAAAUGUAUUCACGUGGUGUGGCUAAAAGCAGGGGGGACAGGAAACCGCGGGAGUAGGGUUAGAACUGGGGGAGUUAGCAUGGCUAGUGUGCUAACAGCAGUCCAUAAAUGUCGUAAUGUAAAUUCGCAACAGGAAGCGAAUACGUCCCGCCCCGUUCCACUUAGAAAUGAAUGGGAAGCAGAUUUCGGUCUGAAAAUCUGUUGGAUGAAAGUAAGAACAGGAACAGAGAAACCAAACUCCAAACAGCACAGAUUCAGGUACAAGCUACAGAAGUAGUGACAGCUGCUAAUCGUAAUAUUAGUAGAUAAAUAAAAUGGCUGCACUGUUUCGCAGUUACUGCCUGCACAGCCACGAGACUAUCAGCGGUCUGUUAGAUUUGUUUUAGAUUUGUAGAUUUACCUUUUGGCCAUGAGCAAACAUCAUAAUCUAAUCUCUGUACAGCGCCAUGCCACUC